AUGAGAGAGUGGGACACAUUUCUAUUGAAUUUGACGAUAUAUCUGGAAAAGCAAGCAGUAGCAAUAGCCGCAGCUUUUCAUGAUGAAAAGCUGUUUAAGGGCCUUUGGAGCUUGCGGUGUGGUGUAUGGUGGUGUACGUGGGAUGGUCCACGGAUGGAUAAGAGUGGUUUGGAUGAACGAAGGGUGCAAAUAAUGGAAUCAGGGAAGAGUGGCGGCAUUUGCUACUGGUGA